AUGGAUCGGAAUGCCGGUAAUUAUGUUGGUUUGACCGAUGGAAAUCAUCAUCACCAACAUCAAACUAAUUCAUUUGAUUUCGGAAAUUCACCCUCACCAUUUGACUUCGAACAACACUAUGCCAAUACGAAUGAAAGUAAUAGUAGUUCAAAUAAUAAUUCAACAAAUAAUAACAAUUGUGGUACCAACAGACUUCGCACAUCAAGACAUUCGUCGAAAGAAAAUAGUGAUGAAGGUCAUGGUGGUAUAAAUCAGUUAGGAGGAUUAUUUGUUAAUGGAAGACCAUUACCCGAUAUUGUUCGACAACAAAUUGUCAAUUUAGCACAACAAGGAAUCAGACCAUGUGACAUAUCGAGACAAUUAAAGGUUUCACAUGGUUGUGUUAGCAAGAUACUUGGCAGAUUUCAACAAACCGGUUCAAUUCGUCCUGGUGUCAUUGGUGGUUCAAAACCAAAAGUAGCCACACCAAAAGUAAUUGAUGCUAUUACUCAAUAUAAAAAGAAUCAGCCAACCAUGUUUGCAUGGGAAAUUAAAGAUAAACUUGUAACAGAAAGAAUAUGCGAUUUAAAAACUGUUCCGAGUGUUAGUUCAAUAAAUAGGAUUGUAAGAACAAAAGCGGAUAAACAUAAAGAUGGUGGUCUACAAACAUUACAGCAACAAUCACAUCAUCAUAAUACAAAUAGCAACAGUAAUCAUGCAAGUUAUUUAUCGAAUACAUCGUCGAAUAGUUCAACGAAUAGUUGUCAUCAAGAAGAACAUCAACAACAGCAAACAACGGUAUCACAAAUGGUGACACUCAAUCAACAUUCACAUCAUUUACAACAAAUUCAAGGACAACCAACUCAAAUGACACUUGACAUUAGUGGUAGUGCGUGGGCAACACUUGAGAAUACAUAUCAAAAAGAUGCUAAUGAUAAUAUUUUAAUAGCAAUAUCACAGGAUAAAGUUGAAAUUCUUGAACAUUUUUUUCAUGAAAAUCCAUUUGCCGAGUAUACACAAAUGGAUGAAAUACAACAGCGUACACAACUAGACGAACAAAUCAUAAAGCAUUAUUUUGACAGUGCUCGAUUGCAAUGGCAAAAUGGUUCAUCUAUUCAUUCAUAUUAUCAUCAAUCUCCCGAAUCACCGUACAUGAAUUCGGUAUCAACAAAUCAAAAUGUUCAUUCUCAUCAAUGUUUAAUUGAUCGACUUGGAGUUGGAAUUGUACCACCAAUGAGUCCAAGUUCACAAAUAACAUUUCAACAAUUAUCUAUUUUACAACCAGCUAGUCCAAAUCAUUCAAAUAUUACAGAAGUGGAUGAAACCAAUACGGAUGGUGAAAAUGUCAUUGUUCAACAACAGCAACAGCAACAACAACAAUCGAAUAAUUCACAGAAUUCAGUACCAUCAACUAUAACAGUAUCAGCAGCCGAUUUUCAAACAUUUUUUAAUCCAACUGUUGCCAGUUAUGAAACGUUAACACAAUCUACAAAUGGUGUUACCUAUGCGGAUUUAACACCGGUGAUCACUUGUACACCGUUACCAUCAUUUGAAACAUUAAAUAGAUCUGAAUGUUAUUAUUACAGUCAACCAGCACCAGAUGUAUGGCGUUUUCCUAAUGGAAGUGAUGAAGUUCCAUCUCAACCGUAUCCAUAUGAGUCUCCAUUUGGACCAUACAAUGACUAUCAAGGAUUUGGUCGUUUUCCACCUGGAGGUUAUCCAGGAAGUCCAGGAUUUUAUGGAGGAAGAGGUGGCCGAUAUGGUGGAAGAGGACAUUGUCAUUAA